AUGUCUGAGCGAGGCUCGUUCCGCGGCGGUCGCGGUGGAGGUGGUGGUGGCCGCGGCGGUCGCCAGCAGCAGAAAACCGGCGGUGCCGCGCAACAAGAGAAGCCCAAGAAGGAGAAUAUCCUCGAUUUGGGGAAAUAUAUGGACAAGGAGGUCCAGGUGAAAUUCAAUGGUGGCCGUGAAGUCACCGGUACCCUCAAGGGAUAUGAUCAAUUGAUGAACCUAGUCCUGGAUGACGUCAAGGAGACGAUGCGCGAUGACGCGGGCAACCAGACCACCCGUGCAUUGGGUCUGAUUGUGGCUCGUGGUACUCUAAUCGUCCUCAUUUCACCAGCAGAUGGGAGUGAGGAGAUUGCCAACCCUUUCGUCCAGCCUGAGGAGUAA